UGCCACUAAUGAUAGAGAUUUUAGGGCAGGUUAACCACAGUUUUACAAGACUCCUCUCCCCGCAGCGCUGGGCAUUGUCAUGCCGGCGGGCCUCCCGCCCACCUGAGGGGUCUCUCCGCCCCUACCGGGAUUUGUUGUUGAGAAAGGUGAAUCCCCGGAAAGGCUGACGACUCAGCUCAAGGUCAAAACGUCGAGGCCGAGGGCCCUCCAGUUUCUCCUGGUCACCUUUGCUCCUGCUUCUGCUACGACCUUCUGGGGACGCGUAUUUCUCGUCUUCUUCUUAAGCUGCCAUUUUUGCUUUAGGAGAUGAAUGUUUUCCUUUGGCUGUUUUGGCAAUGAUUCUGAAUUAAAUCAAUGCUAACGCCUUCUUCCCCCUAAUUGUUAAAAGCUAUGGACUGCAGAAAGAUGGCCCGCUUCUCUUCCAGUGUGAUUUGGAUCAUGGCGAUUUCUAAAGUAUUUGAACUGGGAUUAGUCGCCGGGCUGGGCCAUCAGGAGCUUGCGCGUCCAUCUCAGGGAGACCUGGCCUUCAGAGAUGACAGCAUUCGGCCCCGAGAGCCUGCGAUUCGCUCUUGGUCUUCCAAGCUUGUGCCGCCUGUGGGGAUACAGCACAGUAAGGAGCUGAACAGAACCUGCUGCCUGAAUGGGGGUACCUGCAUGCUGGGGUCCUUUUGUGCCUGCCCGCCUUCCUUCUAUGGACGGAACUGUGAGCAUGAUGUGCGCAGAAAGAACUGUGGGUCUGUGCCUCAUGAUACCUGGCUUCCCAAGAAGUGUUCCCUGUGUAAAUGCUGGCACGGCCAGCUCCGCUGCUUUCCUCAGACUUUCCUACCUGGCUGCGAUGGUCUUGUGCUGGAUGAGCACCUCAUGGCUUCCAGGACUCCAGAACUACCACCAUCUGCAUGUACCACUUUGAUGCUAGCUGGCAUCUGCCUUUCUAUACAAAGUUACUAUUAAUUGACAUUGACCUAUUUCCAGAAAAACGAUGUUAGAUGUUAGGCAAAUUUCAUGACCAGUAAAGGUUGCUGCUAC